UGGGAAAGCGGAGAGGGCUGUGGACUGUGGCUGUGUGUGUAGACGAGGGCAAUGCGUGAAAAAGAUGAGGACAAUGGCUAGAGUAUAAGUAGAUUUUAUUUAAAAUAGAGGCAUACACAUAUCAGGAGUUUUUCCUCUUUUUUUUCCCUUUUCCUCCCCGCUCCUGUGGACGUUUUCUCCCAUUGGAGAGCAGAGCAGAGGAGCCUCUUUGUGAAUCCUGUUUCACUGGGAUAAAAGCCCUAGAGCAAAGUGGCAGCAUCAUCUGACCUUUAACCUCAAUAGAAAGAAGGAAAAGCCACUUCAAAGAUGGAGCAGGUAUCAGAUGAUGAGUUGGAUCAUGGGGCAGAGGAGGACAGUGACAAGGAGGACCAGGACCUGGACAAGAUGUUUGGAGCCUGGCUGGGAGAGCUGGACAAGCUCACGCAGAGUCUGGAUGAUGGCAGGCCACAGAAAGCACUGCAGAAGCCUCCUCUCAGGCAGGAGACAAACAUGGCCAACUUCUCCUACCGCUUCUCAAUGUAUAACAUAAAUGAGGCAUUGAAUCAAGGGGACACAGUGGACCUGGAUGCCCUGAUGGCUGACCUGUGUUCCAUCGAGCAGGAGCUGAAUACCAUUUCCAAACCAAACUCAACUUCUCGCAGCCAGAGCAAAGGCCAGCAGAGGGCCCCUGGGGGGCGCAGUGCCAGCACUAAGCACAUAGGCACCAGUGGAGGGGGAAGCAGCGGAGGAAGUACGAGUAGCAGCACUCGAGCCUCCCCGGCCAACACGGUACGAGGUGGUAGCGUCAGCGCUCGCCCUGCGGCCUCUAACAUCUCCCUAGAUGACAUCACCUCUCAGCUGGAGAAGGCCUCCCUCAGCAUGGAUGAAGCGGCACGUCAGACAUCCUCUUCUUCUUCCUCCUCAUCUUCAUUUUCCUCCACCACUAUCCGGCGACCCUCGUCUGGAUCGUCCGGCGGUGGAGGGCAGCACCGGAGGACGGGUUCAGUGGGCGCUGUCAGUGAGCAGGACGCCCCGUCGCAGCGGUCGAGUAUAAAUUCAGCAUGUGCCUCGGCUUCGAGCAUGGACUCCCUGGAUACUGAUAAAGUGACGGGGGGAGAGGCGGAGGGCCAGAGCAGCCCAGCCUCACAAGGACAAAACCAGACCAAUACAGAGCAUGUCACACUGCGACGAGCCAACAGUAAGGCGGCCAGAAGGCAGCUUGACUUCACCUCGCGAGAGGGUGAAGUGGAUCGGGCCACUCACUCCUAUCUGGACCAAGAAACCUCGCUCAUUCUGAAAAGCAUAGCUGGAAAGCCUUCUCACCUCCUGACCAAGGAGGAGCAAGCUGCCAAACUGAAGGCAGAGAAGAUCAGAGUCGCCCUGGAGAAAAUCAAGGAGGCGCAAGUCAAAAAGCUGGUGAUCAGGGUCCACAUGUCCGAUGAGAGCUCAAAGACCAUGAUGGUGGACGAGCGGCAGACAGUCAGGCAGGUGUUAGACAGCCUGCUGGAUAAGUCCCACUGCGGAUACAGCCCCGACUGGUCUCUGGUGGAAACCAUCACUGAGCUGCAGAUGGAGCGUAUUUUUGAGGAUCACGAGAACCUUGUGGAGAAUCUACUAAACUGGACCCGGGACAGCCACAACAAGCUCAUGUUCAUUGAGCGCAUUGAGAAAUACGCCCUCUUCAAGAACCCUCAGAACUAUUUGUUGGGGCGGAAGGAGACAUCAGAAAUGGCCGACAGGAAUAAAGAAGCUUUAUUAGAGGAAUGUUUCUGUGGUGGCUCAGUGUCUGUGCCAGAGAUCGAGGGUGUCUUGUGGCUCAAGGAAGAUGGGAAAAAGUCUUGGAAGAAGCGUUACUUCCUCCUCAGGGCUUCAGGGAUCUACUACGUCCCCAAAGGCAAAGCCAAGGCAUCCAGAGAUCUCGUGUGCUUCCUGCAGUUGGACCAUGUUAACGUGUAUUAUGGGCAAGACUACCGCAGCAAAUACAAAGCUCCCACCGACUACUGCCUGGCUUUGAAGCAUCCGCAAAUCCAGAAGAAGUCCCAGUACAUCAAGUAUCUGUGCUGCGAUGAUGUCAGGACCCUGCACCAGUGGGUGAAUGGGAUUCGCAUUGCAAAGUAUGGGAAGCAGCUGUAUUUAAACUACCAGGAAGCCAUGAAGAGGACAGAGGCAGCCUACGAUUGGUCCUCUCUCUCUACGUCCAGCAUCAGAUCUGGCUCCAGCUCUGCCAGCAUACCUGAGUCCCAGUCUAAUCAUUCAGGCCAUUCUGACAGCGGGGUGGACACAGGCUCCUCUCAUGGCCGUUCCCAGAGCGUGGUGAGCUCCAUUUUUUCUGAGGCCUGGAAGAGAGGUACCCAGAUUGAGGAAAGCUCAAAGAUGAGAAUGGAGGCAUCCAGAGGGGCCACGCUGCCGCACGGUUCCCACAGCCACCGGCAUCACAGCCAGCAUUCAGUUGACCACUCAGCCCUGACGCCGCCUCCGCAGCAACCUCAGGUGCAACCUCCAUCGCGGCCCCAGUCUCAGCCCCAUCCCCAGCAACAACAUCCUCCACAGCCUCAGCACCCAUUUGUGCAACCCCAGACACCAACCCAGCCACAACACCACCACCUCCCUCCCCAGCCUCCGUCUCCUCAGCAGGCCCUGCAGCCGCCACCACCACCACCCCAGGCGGCUCCUCCAGGUCCUCAGCAGCCACCACCACCACAGGCUGCUCAACAGCAGUCACAGGCCAUGAGCAUCUACCACAUACCCCCACAAGAGCAACCGCAAUCAGCUCCUGCACCACCUCCACCACCACCUCCCCCACCGCCACCGCCUCCCCCACCCCCAGUCCAGAUGGUGUCGUAUCAGUCGCCGGCUCUCACAAUGUACAAGUACAGCACCAUCACCAGGCUGCAGAACCAGAAGGGGGGCAAGAUACCCCAUCUCCCUGCAACAGCUCAGCAAGUUCUGCCCACAAGUCAGACACCACUCGCGCCACAGGUCAUCAAACCAAACGUGAAUCACAUUGCUGCAAGGACUAAUGUCCCACCUCCUCCUCCACCACCUCCUCCCCCUCCACCAUCCAUGCCAACCCCUGGGUCCGCUAUGGCUGUGUUGAAACUGGGCCCGCCCAGUCCAGCUACUCCACUGGCCUUCAUCCCUCCACCCCCGGCUCCCCCACCUGCUCCACAGAGCAACGGAAUCGCUUUUCCUCCAGCUCCACCACCACCACCUCCUGCACCUGCUCCCAUGAGUCAGCAUGUCUACCACAACGGGCUCAAGCAAGCCCUGAAGGAGCGGUUUCCCAGCCCACCACGGGACCUCCCGUCUCCGAAUGGUGGACUCGAGGAUUCCCCACCACCUGCCCCCACUCCACCACCCCCACCACCACCACCUCCUCCACCACCGCCGCCACCUCCUCCUCCUCAGCAGUUCCCAGUACCAGCCCAGUUUCCUCCUCCCCCUGCACCCCCACCAGCACCACCCAAAAACUUCAGCCCAGGCUUUCUCCCUCACACUGCCCCCAAGCCCAUGUCACCAGUCUCCCCAUUCCCUCCUGCCCCACCCCCUGCUGCAAUGAGUUGCCCAACCCCAGCUCCACCACCACCACCUCCCCCUCCUCCACCUGCACCCUUCAAGAAGCAGUUCAGCCUCCAGACAGGCCACGUCUCCAGCCAACCACCCCCAACUCUGCCUAAGCAGCAUAGCUUGUCUAAGCCAGCAACCAUUUCCACCGGAGCCCCCCCCACCAUGUCUUUGGUGAAACAGUUAGCAAGUCAGUUCCCAGGAGCUUCGUCCCAAGCAGCCCAUCAAACAGACACUUCCAAAGCCCCCCUCUCACCACCUGCAGUUAAGACCAAACCAAAAUGGCAGCCUGGGGGUGGCCAGCAGCUACAGUCCCCUGAGUUCCCUCCUCCUCCUCCAGACGGCAACACUAGCUUCCCUGCUCCACCGCCGCCACCACCUCCUCCUCCCCCAGCAUCAGUCACAGGGCCAACACCACCUCCUCCUCCUCCUCCACCUCCUCCUCCCCCAGCACCAGUCACAGGGCCAACACCACCUCCUCCUCCCCUUCCUUCUGGAAACAUGGGCUCCCCCAUGAGGAGGUCACCGUCCGGCUCCUCUAAUUUUGGAGGCAAGAAACCACCUCCCACCCCCCAGAGGAACUCCAGCAUCAAGUCUAAUUCCUCGUCCUCCUACGAGGAAUCCAGGAAAAAUUUGCUCAGCAAGUUUGCUCCCCGAAACAACGCCACUCCUCCCUCCACAUGUCCCACCACCUCUAAUGGAUCCCCUUCAAAGGACCCUUCAAAUGGACCCCCUGCUCCCCCAAAACCAGGAAAGCUCAACCUGGCUAACCUGCCCUUGGCACUACAGGCCAAAGUGAGCCAGGCCAAGCAGUCUAGUGGUGACUUCCCUUCACCACCACCUGAGUGCACCUACUUCCCACCACCUCCACCUGCCUCCGAGCUCUUCCCCCCUCCACCACCACCAGGUAAUGACGCCCAUACCGGCGGACCUCCUCGAGUAGCUGUGGUGAAUCCCCAGCCCCAGGCUCCCCCUCCUCCACCACCCGUCUCCCUUGUCAGUAACUCAACAUGGGGAAAGAGCUCACUAAAAAAGACUCCUCCACCCACACUCGGGCGACGUAGUAACAACAUCCCGGAACCUCCUCCGCUCUCACCACCUCCACCCACCUCCCCAAAGGGCAGCUCAGGCCAGCCCAACUUCUUGGAGGAUCUGAACAGGACACUAAGGCGAAAGUCAGUGGGACGUCAGGGCUCUGCCAACUCCGCCGGCCUCUCGGGCAAGUUGGACCCUGCGGGGACUAUGGACGACAUGGCACUGCCUCCGCCACCCCCUGAGCUGCUCCUGGACCAAGGAAAGCAAAGCAACGGAGGAAAUGGUGGCUACAUGUCCGGAAACAUCUCAGGCUAUGCAACACUACGACGAGGACCCCCUCCUGCACCACCCAAAAGGGGGGAUGCCACCAAACUUACUGGAUAGUAAUUAAAUUUGUUGGUCAGGACUCAGUGAAGAUGGAUGAAUAGACAAUUAAGUAAUAUACUGAAGUAAAAAUGCAUUAGUGGACUUCUCUUCUCUUGGGGACACAAUAAUAAAUAAAUGACUGUGUAAAUACUAAAAGCCAAACCAGACCAUGUUCAACUAGUGUUUGCUAAUUAUUCUUUUUUUUUUUUUUUUUUUGUAUUGCUUGGCUUUCUAGAUGAGUGAGGUUUACAAUAUUGGGACAGUUAACCUGCUCCAGUCUUAAGUUCGAGGUCACCGAAAAGUGCAACUGUAAGCUCUCUGGAACAUAAUGUGUUUACCCUGUAUGGUAUACCCCACUUGUCUGGUACACCAAGCAGAUCUGAGUAAACACUAGUAAGACUUGUGCAAAUAUUACUGGAUCCGGGUCUGAGCCAAAUCAUGUAUCUGCUUCUUUGCCAUAAGUUUGUGCCACGUUACCGGAGACAGAAAAAAACCCCCCAACCCAUCAUGAUCUCUCUUCUUUGGUACUGCAUGGACAACAUAUAAACAACAAGCUGUAAAACAUGAAGGUGUGUGUGUGUGUGCGUGCACAUGUGUGUGUGUGAGAGUGAGUGAGAGAGAAAGAAAGGGGGGGAGAGACAUGGACUGAACAUGCAUGCAUUGAGUGCAUGCAUGCGUACGUGAUCAUAUGGUGGUAGUAGUUAAUCAUCAUUAGGGAAGGCCUUCAUGGAACAGGGAUUGUCAGGUUUGCUUUUAUAUAAAAUUAUUUAAAGAGUGGUAAAUGGAAGGAUUUUUUUUUUUUAUAUAAGUGUCUUUUUAAAUAGAUGGUCAUUAAAGCCUAGAGAGGAGCAGAACAACAUUAGCGCAUAAUGGAAUGUAUAUGGAAGAAAAGAAAUUGAGUAAAGUCUUUUGUCUCAAGCAUUUCUAGACUGUUUCACCACUUGGCCAAUGCAAAUCAGAAGGAAGCCUUAUUCUCAGAGUCUUGCACAGAGGUCAAAACAGAAAGGAGAUAUCGUCCAAAGGUUUCCAGAAAAAAAAAAAAGAGUCUAAACUGUGCAGCUGGAUUUAAUUUAAUGCAAAAAUUGUACUGGACUUCUGUAAAUGGAGAGGAGGCCUAUGGUGGUUGUAUCUUCGUGGACUGUGUGAGUUCCCUGUGUGUUGGCUUGAUUUCGGACCUUAUCCUUCAGUUUGUAUCUGUAGAGUUGCAGCUGCAGCUGCUCCAUUAUCAUUGGUCCGCUGCCGCCUUCUCAAGUUCAUGUGGCAUCACCAUCCAGGAAGUAGAAAGUACCGACUGGAUUCAGCCAUGUGAAGUGCGCUCGAUGCGUUUGGUUAAUGUACAGAGCGUUGAAUCACGUAGUUUAUUAUAACACAAAUCCUCUGACUUGCAUUAGACUGAAUGUUAAAUUCUACUUUGUGUCUAUGGAAUCUUGUUUCUUCAUGGUGCCAUUGCUGCUUCAGCUCUUGGUGCACAGGGUCAAAGGUUAUCUAGAGUCUCGACUUUGAAGGGUUUCCAUUUCUAGCAGCAAUGCCUUUGUUUUUAGGGUCCCGGUGCUGUCCUUCAAGGAGCUCAUUAUCAAUAUGUCCGUGUGUGCCAGGAUGACAUAUCAUGAAUAUUUCAGGUCAUUUAAACUGGCUUUAGUGUGGAACUUUAGUGUGUUCAGAGGAGAUCCGUUGUAUCUCCAAGUCCUCUGAGCUUGUCAUGAAGAUGAGGUGUUGGUUCCACACAAGGCCUUGAAGACAGUGUACCUUUUUCUUACAACUGAACGUCAUUGUCCUCAACGGGGAUGUUUGCAGCAGUGCGGUAUGUAAGUUAUCGAUGUCCUGAUGUGAACACAUGGAGCCAAAUGAAAUGAAGAAAAAUGGUUGCAGAUAAGAGUAAAUGUUUCCUCUUGCAUAUAAACUGAAAAUCACAAUAUAAAUGUUGAAACCA